AUGCAGCAGCUGUACUGGACGCUGCCGACCGGAGGGCCUGUCCGAGACGAGCUGCUGACGGCUCGGGGGUUCCCGAAUGGGAAGUGCGUGCAGGCCAAGUACGCUGCUCAGCACAUCUGGGGACUGGCCGACUGGGACACUGACUGCCGGCGUGUUCUGGAUGCAAAGAAUUCUUUGGGCCCCUCCUCCGUCUGUGCCAAGAUCGUGCAGCUCCUGGGGCAGAACGAAGUGGACUACCGCCAGAAGCAGGUGGUCAUCCUGAGCCAGGACAGCUUCUACCGCGUCCUCACUGCGGAGCAGAAGGCCAAAGCCCUGAAGGGCCAGUUCAACUUCGAUCACCCAGAUGCCUUUGACAACGAGCUCAUCUUCAAAACUCUGAAGGACAUCACCGCAGGGAAAACCGUGCAGAUCCCCGUGUACGACUUUGUCACCCACUCCCGGAAGGAGGAGACGGUCACCAUCUACCCUGCGGACGUGGUUCUCUUCGAAGGCAUCUUGGCCUUCUACUCCCAGGAGGUGCGGGACCUGUUUCAGAUGAAGCUGUUUGUGGACACGGAUGCGGACACCCGGCUCUCCCGCAGAGUGCUGCGGGACAUCAGUGAGCGAGGGCGGGACCUGGAGCAGAUCCUGUCCCAGUACAUCACCUUCGUCAAGCCGGCCUUCGAGGAGUUCUGCUUGCCCACAAAGAAAUACGCAGACGUGAUCAUACCUAGAGGUGUAGACAACCUAGUGGCCAUCAACCUCAUUGUGCAGCACAUUCAGGACAUUCUCAACGGGGGGCUGUCCAAGCGGCAGACCAACGGCUGCCUCAACGGCUGCACGCCCGCACGCAAGAGGCGGCCGUCGGAGUCCAGCAGCCGGCCGCACUGA